ACUCAACAACACAGCCCAAUUUGGAACGACUCAUUUUGGACGAAAUUGCGGCCACAACAGACGGACCUGAUAUCGCCCAUAAUUCGAUGUCCAUGGAUGAGUGGGGAGCGAUGUCGACACAUGCCUCGGCGUUCCAGUAUCAAACCUAACAUAAUUAGUUUGUGCAUAUGUUAAUACUACUUUAUUUGGUACAGUACUGCGGUGUAUUACGUCUGGCAAAUGAAACAGUUUACCGUUUAAGAACCAAACGAAGAAACCGGAAUUAAACGGGGAACGAUCUAGACCAAAUUGUCCAACAGAAACUCUCGUUUUAGUUGAAAAACGUUUUCCGUUUGGAGUAAACGGAAUCGGCGUAAUGAAUACACCCUUUGGGGCUGUAGUGAAACGUUUCUUAAGCGGAAGCAAACAGACGGAAACGGGAAGGACUUGCCUGAAUUUAUACAAUAGAAAGUUUGGUUUUGCAACUGUUGCUCAUGAUGUCACCACAGGUUGCGGUCUGUUGCUCAUGCGCACUGACUCAACUACGAAAUAUGGCGGCUGACGACUGCUAGAGAAAAGUGUUGGGAUCUGAUCAAUUUCGUUAAAAAGCUGCCCUGGUCAGUACUACAGGGCCAUAGUUGCACACUGGGUGGACCACCUGCCUGUCAUUCCCAUUGCCUUGUAGAAUAACCACAUUACCCAGGAGCCAUCAUGGGCAGGACAUCAGUCAAAGAUCAGAAGGAGAAAGCAGGAAGUCUCCUUCCUCCAGGUCCCACUCCUGCUAAAGAGUCGUUCAGUUGGGAGGAGUACCUGAAGGAAACAUCAUCUACCCCGGCUCCACCUAGCUUCUUCAGACAGUCCAGAGUCCCUCCCUCCAAUGACUUCAAGGUGGGGAUGAAGCUGGAAGUCCAUGACCCUCGGAACUCCACCUCUGUGUGCAUCGCCACUGUGAUGGGCAUGACGGGUGUGCGUCUGCGUCUUCGUCUGGAUGGCAGUGACAACACCAAUGACUUCUGGAGGCUGGUCGACUCCUCAGACAUCCAGCCUAUAGGAACCUGUGAAAAGAAUGGGGAUAUGCUGCAGCCGCCGCUGGGCUUCAGAAUGAACGCGUCUUCCUGGCCCAUGUUUUUGCUGAGAACCCUGAAUGGAGCAGAGAUGGCCCCGGCUACCGCUUUUAAAAAGGAGCCUCCACCACUGUCCCAGAAUAACUUUAAGCCAGGGAUGAAGCUGGAAGCAGUAGAUAAGAAGAACCCCUACCUCAUCUGCCCUGCCACCAUCGGAGAGGUGAAGGGAGAGGAAGUGUUUGUGAUGUUUGAUGGGUGGAGGGGGGCGUUUGACUACUGGUGUCAACACCACUCUAGAGAUCUCUUCCCAGUUGGAUGGUGCUCCGUUACCAAACACAGCCUGCAGAAGCCUGGCAACAGUGUCAACCUGCCAAAGAACCUGCAUGUCCUAACAGCAGCCCACAUCCCCUCCAAGCCUAGCCGGAGAUCCAUGCCUGCGCCCUUCCGGCUUCCCAGCCCCCUGCCCCCGCUGCCUGUCAGGAAGGGGGUGCGGGGGCGGCGCCCCAAGAGUGAGACCAUCGCCCUGCUGAAGGCUGUAGCGGAGGCAGCUGCAGCUCAGAACGGCACGGCUCCAACCUCUAACUCACUGCUGGCUCCCAGGCCUCACAAGAAGAGAGGCCCUAAACCUGGCAGCAAGAGGAAGCCCAAGGUGCUCCAGAACGUAGUGUCUUCAGGUGCUGCGGAUGCCAAGCUGUCAGGGGGUCAACAGGACUGCUUCAGCUCUGUGGUCUCUACAGUGUGUGUGUAUGUGAACAAGCAUGGGACCUGUGGGCCUCACCUGGACAGGAAGCAGAUGCAGCGUCUUCCGGACCACUUUGGGCCAGGUCCUGUUAACGUGGUGUUGCAACAGGCAGUUCAGACUUGUCUAGACUGUUGUUACCAACCAAAGGUGCUGCUCAGAACUCUACAGGCACACGCUGGGGGAGGAGAGGUUGUCAGUGUGAGGAUGGAUGGUGGAGUUCGUCUGGUGAAGCUGCCCUCAGCCUCAAGCGCCUCCUUUGUGCUCCGCUUCCUGGAGACGCUGUGCCGCACGCUGCAGAGUAAUUUCCUCUUCAGCUCCCAGCCCUUCAGCAACAUAUACACCUACAGUAAAUAUGUGAAGGAGGAGGCGUUGGAGGCCCCAUCACUGAGCCAGGGGAUGAAACGUCUAUCUAGAGACGCAUCCCCCUACGCAGCCCCCCUUUCCCCUAAACUACUGUGCACCGAGGCACACCUUUCAGAAGCAGAUACUCUGCCCCAUGAGGAGAACAGCCUUCUGAAGGAGCAGUGCUUCAUGGACUCUAACUCCAUGAUGCUGCGCAGCCCCUCUGACUACCACACCCACUCCCAGGCCAGCAGCCCCUAUUACCCAUGCCAUGGCCCCGAACGCGCCCACAGCACGCCACUGCACCGCCUUGCCUCCAACCCUGCGGACCUCCCCUGUACACACACCAACAGAGGAGUGGAAGCCGCCAGCUCCACCACGGGCCCCGAGCCCACGGGCCCUGACAGACAGACCCCCAGGGGGGCGGGGUUGGGCAGGAACCCCUCUACCUGGUCCAUCGAUGAGGUCAUGCAGUUUGUGAGCGACGCCGACCCCUCAGCCCUGGCCCCGCACGCUGAGCUGUUCAGGAAACACGAGAUUGACGGCAAGGCCCUGAUGCUGCUGAGGAGUGACAUGGUGAUGAAGUACAUGGGUCUGAAGCUGGGGCCCGCCUUGAAGCUGUGUCACCACAUAGAGCGGCUAAAACAGGGCAAAUUGUAGAGCUGAACCGCAGAAUGGAACAGGGCAAACUGUAGAGGUGAAACACAGAAUGGAACAGGGCAAACUGUAGAGGUGAAACACAGAAUGGAACAGGGCAAACUGUAGAGGUGAAACACAGAAUGGAACAGGGCAAACUGUAGAGGUGAAACACAGAAUGGAACAGGGCAAACUGUAGAGGUGAAACACAGAAUGGAACAGGGCAAACUGUAGAGGUGAAACACAGAAUGGAACAGGGCAAACUGGAGAGCUGAAACACAGACAAACAGGGCUAACUGUAGGGCUGAAACUGUAGAAUUGUAACAGACUGAAACAGGGCAAAUGGACUGAAACACAGAAAAGAACAGGGCAAGCUGUAGAGCUGAAACAGGGCAAGCUGUAGAGCUGAAACAGGGCAACAACAAAUUGUAGCAGGUCCCAGAUUAGCCCGGCCUCACAGACCCCAGGUGAGAAACAGCUCAUCCUACCACAGAAUGUCCCACAGCAUCUCUUACAGGUGACCCAAUACUCAACCUCUAACAGUCUCUUCAGGGGCACACAGCCCCCUCUAGCCCCCAGCCUGCACUAAGCCCUCUUUAUCUCUGAGCUCUCUCACUCCGGUUAUGUUAUCUGUGGUAACAUGCCUCUAACAUACAGACAGUGUGGAAACACAUGGUGUGGAUCAGUGAAAACAUGCGUCGUGCAUCGCUGGCACCACAUUACCUCAUCCCCUCCCCAGCCAAUCAGAGCUGGGCAAGCCAAACACAGAAGGCUGUGAUUGGUUGGAUCCCAAAGCAACAGACUCUCUCCAUAGUGUUUACAUUGAAUAGCACAGACUGACUGACUAACCUACACUAGGACAUGCUAAGACUUUUUACUGAGUAAUGUUUCAUCCGGCUUCUGGAUCCCAAAGAUGUACAAUGUUUUCUACUAUGACGUUCUGUUUUUAUUAUCAUAAAUAUCCUGUUAAUAAGGAGGAUGUGUAUAUAAAUUUAACAGUGACGAUAUUAGAUGCUAAACCUGUUUACAGCUGCAGAAUGUCUGUUGUCUAUUUCAAUUCCUGUUAGUUCAAUAAUGUGCCCAUGAUGCUGGAUGAUCUGCAGUUUAAGGUAGACCUUUGGCCUGUUGCCAUGAUGGUCACUAGCCUCUCAUGGUAAAGGGUGAAAUGUGUUACUAGUGUUAGCAGGUGACUUUCCCCAAUGUAAGAUGGCCAUUGUCUUAAACAGCUAAACGUUUUAUCUAAUGCCUGUCAGACGGACAGGCACACAGACCGUCAACCUCCAACCAGUGGAGAUAAUCAGGCAGUGCUUUUGAAACUCAAAAUCCCUGUGAGUGUGGUGUUUGAUGUGGGGAUUAAUGAAGGUCAUGCUGUUAGAGAUCGCCCCUACUGGUGGUGUCAAGCACGGAGGCUUUGUCCAGUUUUCAUCAAUACAGAACUGUCGAGAAAGAUUAUUUUAAUUUAUUUCAGAUGACUGCUCAGUGAUUCUAGAAGUUAUUUCAGAUGACUGCUCAGUGAUUCUAGAAGUUAUUUCAGAUGACUGCUCAGUGAUUCUAGAAGUUAUUUCAGAUGACUGCUCAGUGAUUCUAGAAGUUAUUUCAGAUGACUGCUCAGUGAUUCUAGAAGUUAUUUCAGAUGACUGCUCAGUGAUUCUAGAAGUUAUUUCAGAUGACUGCUCAGUGAUUCUAGAAGUUAUUUCAGAUGACUGCUCAGUGAUUCUAGAAGUUAUUUCAGAUGACUGCUCAGUGAUUCUAGAAGUUAUUUCAGAUGACUGCUCAGUGAUUCUAGAAGUUAUUUCAGAUGACUGCUCAGUGAUUCUAGAAGUUAUUUCAGAUGACUGCUCAGUGAUUCUAGAAGUUAUUUCAGAUGACUGCUCAGUGAUUCUAGAAGUUAUUUCAGAUGACUGCUCAGUGAUUCUAGAAGUUAUUUCAGAUGACUGCUCAGUGAUUCUAGAAGUUAUUUCAGAUGACUGCUCAGUGAUUCUAGAAGUUAUUUCAGAUGACUGCUCAGUGAUUCUAGAAGUUAUUUCAGAUGACUGCUCAGUGAUUCUAGAAGUUAUUUCAGAUGACUGCUC